AUGGAGAUGGAGGUGCUGACGGGGCGAGAGGUGCGCUCGCACCGCAUCGUUCGCUCGCAUCGCAUCGCACACCGCCCCGCCACGACGUGCGCAUCGUUUCCCGGCGCGCCCAUCCCGGCGUCGCACUCCCGAACGUCGUCGGGGUCCGCGCGGCGCGCCAUCUCAACCCGCGCGACCUCCCCUGCACCCUGCCGCGUCUGCUCAUGGCGUGGUGGUGGGGCGCGCCGCCUCCGUCUCUUUUUUCACAUUCCAGCGCCCACGUCCCUCAACGCAGGCCCCGUCAACGCGCCACCGUCCCAACGACCACGCUCCACGCAGCCAGAACCAUUGUGGGGCAACGGAAGACGCAGGCACGUGACGGGGAAAAGUGUUCUUUGCAGGUUGCGCGACCACGGCUCGUGGAUGCGCGGGACGGUGCUCGAGUACGAUCACGCGUCAGAAUCGUACCGCAUCCGCGGGGACUUCGACGGGGCGCCGCGGGACGUGCCCGCGGAGGAUGUCGCGCCGAUCGCCUCUGAUCCAGAUGUUCAGUCGGUCACGCCGGACUUCGGAAUGUUCACGGCGCCGGCGCCUCCGAACCUCGGUGAACACCGCGGACGGGAUGCCGCCGCCGCGAUCCUCGGUGGCGAGGCUUCGCCGCAUCCUCGCGGCGCUCAGGGGGGCGGCCAGUCGCCUGCCCAGUUGGUGCGUGAAACGCCUCCAGCGAUGGCUUCGCGACCGAAGAGCCCGGCAGGGCGCACGGGCGACACCGAAGUGCUUGAAGUCUCAGACGACUCCGGCGACGAUGGCGAUGCCGAGAAUCUUCGCCGCGGCGACGUUUUCGACGAGGACGGCGACGACUUCGACGAGGACGGCGACGACUUCGACGAGGGCAUCAUCGGCACCGACUCGGAGGGCGAGAGCGACGAGGAACCGAACGGUGACGCCCCCGUUGUCGACCUCACCGGGGACUCUGAUGACAGUCUCAGCAACAGCGACAGUCUGAGCGACGUCGACGGUGUUGCCGGGGGGGGUCCCAACGACGACAUGGACGCCUUCAGCUCAGGGUCGGAAGUAGAGAUUGUCGACGAGGUGCACGUCGUUCCUGACGAGCACGAGAUCCCGCCGCCUGCGCAACAUGACGGCGGUGGACGCGGCGGCGGACGCGGCGGUGGGCGCGGCGGCGGACGCGUCGGUGGUAUGAUAUGA